AUGGACCAGGCCAAACUCGGAGCAGAAGCGCUCAGCGCAGGCAACUAUGCCGAAGCCAUCAAACAAUACACUGCCGCCCUUGCAGUCUCACCCACAUCACCCGACUACCUCAUCAAACGCUCCACCGCAUACCAAAGAAGCAAUCCUGCAGACUACGAAUCUGCCCUCGCCGAUGCCAACAAGGCCGUCCUCAACGCACAGAAGAGAGGAAAGCGCGAACUCAUCCUUCAAGGCCAGCUCAGGCGCGCUAUAGCACUGUUCGGUCUUGAACGCUACCCGGACACUCGCUUCUGCCUAGAUAUUGUCAAGCGUAUGGAUCCAAAAGAGAAGACUCUACCUAUCUGGGAGAACAAAGUCGCAACCAAGAUGGCCGCCAUGGACGGUGCACAGCAUGUGACCAUCAAGGAGACACCUGNNACGAGGAGGAGACGACAGUCGCAGGUCAAAACAACAAGGCAGACUCGACACCACCAACUACCGCCGCGACGACUUCCACACAGCCCGNCUGCAGUCGCUCAAACACCCGCAGACAAGAUUCGUCACGACUGGUACCAGAACAAUGACAAAGUCUACUUUACCCUGCUAGCAAAGGGCGUUCCCAAGGACAAGGCCAACAUCGACAUACAGCCCCGUUCUCUCACAAUUUCUUUUCCCCUGCAAACCUCCUCAGACUACGACUUUUCACUCGAGCCCCUCUACGCCGACAUCGACCCCUCAGCAUCGACCUUCUCAAUAAUGUCCACCAAAGUCGAAGUCGUCCUGAAGAAGGCCCAGCCAGGUCAAAAAUGGCCCGCCCUCGAGUCUAGUGAACCCGUCGAUCNNAAAAGCCAGCCGCUUCCACAAGUUCGGUUCCCACACCUGCCCAACCUUCGAACAGCACACGNNAAAAGCCCCAUCCUACCCANNUCCUCCUCUCGCAGCGGCCCCAAAGACUGGGACAAACUCGCCUCGGAAGCCCUUGCCAAGCCCACGACCUCCGACUCAAAAUCUGGAACCAAAGGCGAAGAGGAAGAAGAUGAUGAAGGCGGCGAUCCAGUCAACGGCUUCUUCAAGAAACUCUACGCAGGAGCUGACGCAGACACUCGCCGUGCCAUGAUGAAGUCGUUCAGUGAGAGCAACGGUACCGCUCUGAGUACCAAUUGGGAUGAAGUCAAGAAGGGCAAAGUCGAGACAAGUCCUCCUGAUGGUCUCGAGGCUAAGAAAUGGUAA